UUCCGGGGCGGGGCGGCGCCGGCUCAAAAGCGGGCGGAUGCGGGCCCGGCUCGGAACUUUCCAGAAGGGUCGGGAGCGGAGAGGGGUGGGGGGCUCCGGCACCGCCGCCGGCACCGGGACCGGGACCCUGACAGGGAUCGUGGCCCGCCGGCACCAUGGUGAAGGAGACGACGUACUACGACGUGCUGGGCGUGAAGCCCAACGCGUCGGCGGAGGAGCUGAAGAAGGCGUACCGCAAGCUGGCGCUGAAGUACCACCCCGACAAGAACCCCAACGAGGGCGAGAAGUUCAAGCAGAUCUCGCAGGCGUACGAGGUGCUGUCGGACCCGAAGAAGCGGGAGCUGUACGACAAAGGCGGCGAGCAGGCCAUCAAGGAGGGCGGCUCGGGCGGCGGCUUCGGGUCCCCCAUGGACAUCUUCGACAUGUUCUUCGGCGGCGGCGGGAGGAUGCAGAGGGAGAGGCGAGGCAAAAAUGUGGUCCAUCAGUUAUCAGUCAGUUUAGAGGAUAUGUAUAAUGGUGCAACAAGGAAACUUGCGCUGCAAAAGAACGUUAUCUGUGACAAAUGUGAAGGCCGUGGUGGUAAGAAGGGCGCAGUGGAGUGCUGUCCGAACUGCAGAGGAACAGGCAUGCAAAUCCGAAUUCACCAGAUCGGGCCAGGCAUGGUGCAGCAAAUCCAGUCCGUGUGCAUGGAGUGCCAGGGGCACGGGGAGCGCAUCAGCCCCAAGGACCGGUGUAAGAGCUGCACUGGCAGAAAAAUUGUUAGAGAGAAGAAAAUACUAGAAGUUCACAUUGACAAAGGAAUGAAGGAUGGUCAGAAAAUAACAUUCCAUGGUGAAGGGGACCAAGAGCCAGGACUAGAACCGGGGGAUAUUAUUAUUGUCUUGGAUCAAAAAGACCACUCUGUAUUUACAAGACGAGAUGAAGACCUUCUUCUGUCUAUGGAUAUACAGCUGGUUGAAGCACUGUGUGGCUUUCAAAAGCCUAUCACAACGCUGGAUAACCGAACCAUUAUUAUUACCUCCCAUCCUGGCCAGGUUGUCAAGCAUGGGGCUAUUAAGUGUGUGUUGAAUGAAGGCAUGCCGAUUUAUCGCAGACCGUAUGAAAAAGGACGUCUUAUCAUCGAGUUCAGAGUGAACUUCCCAGAGAGUGGCUUCCUCUCCUCAGAUAAGCUGUCCUUACUUGAAAAACUGCUACCUACGAGGCAGGAAAUAGAAGAAACUGAGGAAAUGGAGCAAGUGGAUUUAGUGGACUUUGAUCCAUCUCAAAAAAGAAAACAUCACUAUAAUGGAGAAGUCUACGAAGAUGAUGAGCACCACCCUAGAGGCGGUGUUCAAUGUCAGACAUCGUAAAAGGGCCAGUGAAUAACUUGUGAUGCUUGUUUUGUAUGCAUUAGUGGAUGAGUGAAGGACUACAAGCGGUUCACCCUCACUUCCUGCUAUUUGUUGUUAUAUCCAGCCAUAGUUGUUUCUUAAAAGCAUAAGGAAAUAAACUAAUGAAACUGACUUGGAAACUUGUAUAAAGCUCCAGGAUACAAGCUCAAACCAAGUUGAUUGCACUUCACCCCUGCCUGUUGAUCCAGAAAACUCCCUCACCUGCUUGUCUUUUAUUUCAAGCCUUGUAAUUCCUGUAUGUGUGCAAUUGCUGAGGCUUAGACUAAGAUUCUGUGGUGGUCUUUUUUGGUAUUCUAGAUCUUAUACUCUGAUAAAGUAUGCACAAGUACUUAUAAGUCACGGUAAGAUAUAGUUAAUCUUUGUACCUGUUAGGAUAACAUGUUAAUGUUGUGGGCUUGCGCUGGGGAUUAUCAGUAGGGACUGGCUCUAACACGGCCUGGUAACACAUGAAGCUGACAAGGAUGUGGUCAAUCUUCACAAGUCCGUUAAAGCCACAUGAUCCAUGACUCAAGUUUCUGCACUUAAGGUCAAGCAGUCUUUAUGCCAGCUUUGGUCUUGACCUUGGAGCUAGCUGUGAAGCUUUGUUCCCUUCAUGCUGGCUGCUCUUUGGCUGCUGUUGUGCACGAUACUGUGUAUAGAGCCAGUGGUCGCUUGGCUGCUGCAGGAGCUUUGUCCACUACUGUGCACGAGUUUAAAAAAAAAAAACAAAACCUCCAGGUCUUAUCAGCACACAUACAGUUUGGAGUCUUAUCACCCUGCUGCCAUGUGAAGCUUGACUUUGCCCUUGAUUACCGAAAUUAGAUACCCUAUAGGGUAUGUCGUGGAAAGCAGUACUGUCCCUACUGGUGUUUAUAUGUGAGCCUGCAGAAAAAAAGAAACUUACUGUCAGUGAGUAUCCCAACUGACACAUCUAGGAUGUUCUGAAAUUAAUGUAUUGUGUGCAUUAUUUUAAGCUGACUCUUGAAAAUUCUGUAUGAAUGUUCUAAUUAUUGUAGAUGAAGCAUUUCCAAUAUAAUUACAAAAUUG